CAGUCCAGUCCGCACCCCGCGUAGCGCAGCCCGGGCUGCUCCGCGUCCGCCAGCAUGUGGCCCCCGCACUGGAUGCUCUACUCCCUCUACUGGACCGCCGCCGGCCCGCUCCAGGACGCCCAGCUCGGCGCCGGCCCUCCCGCCCCCGUCGUGAUCAUGCUUGCCUUGCCCCCGGUGGUGCCCGGCAGGUCGCCGCCGUGGACCGCGGGGUCGACUUCUUGGCCUCCGCGCCCGCCGCGCGCUUGGGCUUGGAGUCCGCAGCAGUAUCCGCACCGAUUGGCAGGAGAGACCCGCCCUUCGGUCGCCUCCUGCAGCUCGGAGCAGCAGACCUCGCUGCACAGAUUGCGAGCCGAAACAAAUCCGGGCCCGGUCCCUUCAGCAGAGGCUGAACGACAGACAACCAAGACUAUCCUCCAAUCGGCCGAGAACAGCGGGCAUGCCCACAAGAAAGGGGAGCAAGUUAAGAAUCGCGAGCAACAUGGAGAAAAUGCGAUCAAAUAUGCUUUGCAAAGUAAUUCUCUGACGGACGAGCAGAACGACAUUAUACGCAGAGAGGGGCCGGGGCGCACAGCGGGCGCGGCUUACGUGGUGGUGGCUGACGAGGACAACUCCUUUCCUCCUCUGGCCGACACCGACCUGGGGACGUUGCAGCCAACGGCGCUUGAGGAUCUCGAAGAGCUGUCCAAUGACAUUCGCAACAUCUACCCCCUGCAGGACGGUUCACCGCCGGUGGACGUCGGUCCCCAGCGGCCGCACGGCCAGUUCCCACCCGGGGUAGGGCCACCCUAUGGCGUGGACCUUGGACCCCAGCGGCCUCACGGGCAGGUCCCGCCCAGCGACAGUGUCGUGGACGUCUACAACCUGCCAACAGAGCAGAGCCGUGGCCGUUCAGACAAGGACUUGGGGCCACACAGGCCUGCUGGACAGACCGACCCUAACGGGCCACCCGGAGCCAACGGCGACCUGGGGCCACAGAGGCCGUCCGGACAGUUUCCCCCAGGCACCAAUCCGCCGACCCAGUCUGACGCCGUGGAGCAAGGCCGUGGUCGUGCGGACAAGGACUUAGGGCCACACAGGCCCGCGGGACUGACCGACCCAAAUGGGCCACCCAGCGCCAACGGCGACCUGGGGCCACAGCGACCGUCCGGACAGUUCCCCCCGGGUACCGGCACGCCGCUCGCCGCCGACAUCGUCGACGUUCACAAGCUGGCUGACGAGCUGCAGCCAGCUCGCCCGGACAAGGACUUGGGGACCGACCCCAAUGGGCCACCCGGCGUCAACGGCGACUUGGGGCCCCAGCGGCCGUCCGGACAGUUUCCCCCGGGCACCCGACCACCUCCCAACAUCCAGAACUACGGCUACUCCGCAGAGCCGAUCGACCUAGGACCACAGCGACCGCACGGACAGUUCCCUCCGACGGCGACCAUGGCCGACGACGACGAGGAAGACGGCUACCAAGUGUUCUGGAACGUGCCAUCCUUCAUGUGCCACCGCUACGGGUUCCCCUUCAGCAACCUGACGGGCCGCUAUGGCGUGGUCCAGAACGACGAGGACGUGUUCCGGGGCUCCAGCAUCACCAUCCUGUACGAUCCAGGGCUGUACCCGGCUCUCGUGGACAACGAUGGAACUGUCUUCCCCCGUAACGGUGGAGUUCCUCAGGAGGGCAACUUGACACUUCACCUGCAGCGCUUGCAGGAGUCUAUCGAGGAUCAAGUGCCAGUCGACUUUGAUGGUCUCGGCGUGAUCGACUUCGAGGCCUGGAGGCCAGUUUGGGGGCAGAACUUUGGCACCCUGAAGGCGUACCAGACGUACUCGGUGCAGGUGGAGAGGCAGAGAGAUCCGUCUGCAUCGGACAGCACGCUGCAGACCAGGGCGAAGCGCCGGUUUGAGGAAGCAGCCAAAGCCUUCUUCCUUCAGAGCUUGUUCCUGGCACAGCGCAUACGACCCAACGGCCGCUGGGGCUACUACGCUUUCCCGUACUGCUUCAACAACAACGACGAAAACUUUGACUGCUCAGACAACCUGAGAACCCAAAACUCACAGAUCCAGUGGCUUUUCAAUGCCAGCACCGCCCUCUUCCCCUCUGUGUACCUGAGCAAGAGCGGCCGCUCCUCGGACGACCAGUUCCUCUUCAUCACUGGCAAGCUCCGAGAGGCGCUCCGAGUAGCCCAGGGACGGAACUACGUCUACCCCUACUUCUGGUACCGCUACCGCGAUGCUAGCUUCUUGUCUGAUGAUGACCUCCGCAGCUGCCUGGCCAUCCCCCGCGCCCUGGGUAUGGCGGGCGCCAUCGUGUGGGGCUCGUCGGGCGACAUGAACAACCAGAACAAGUGCCAGACGCUCAACGCGCAGCUCGAGAACCGCCUGGGCCCCACCAUCCGCAAGUUCUCGGUGACCCUCUCCCAUGAGCGCGUUCGCGAGUACGUCGCCCAGCGAAACCCCAACGCCGCCGCGUAGUAACAUGGUGGACCAGGCGUUGCCAUCAUAACCAAACCAAAUUUCUACUAACGCUUGGGUUUGGUUGGUUAUUUGGUCAAUAAGAAUAGAAACCGGGCAUUCAGAGAACUGAUGUACUGCACAAACAAGAUGCAGGAAAUAUGCUAGUCAAUCAUGAUUCUCAAGCAAAAAUCGACUCUUGAAAAGAGCCAAAAGUAUUUGUUGUGAGAAAAUUUUAAGACAAAAAAAAAGGAUAAAGUUACCUGUCGUGGGCUUGUUGUUGUGUCUCGUUUGGUGGGUGACUCUCUGAAAGUAUAUUUUCAAGUUUUCAUUUACGAUGUUCAUGAGAUCAGCUGGUACAUAGAUCAGCCCUUUCUACGGAAAGAAAAAAUAUCAACAACACAGCAACAAACAACCUUUUGCUCUCGUUAUUUUUUCAACGAGUAGGUUUUUUUUGUAUACGCCGGGUGAAUUUUGUGAAAAAUUAUACUUUCCUAAUGACUAAGAAUUUUGUGGGACAAAUCUCAUUACGUUAUAUUUUUCCCAAUUCGUGGGAGUGACUGUGUUAUAUAUGUAUCUCUGUGCGUGUGUGAAUUUGUGGUGUCUUUAGUUGUUACUAAACAUGCAAUGUAAACUACAAAGUAUUAAUUAAUUAAGUUAUUAAAUUGUGCAACGUUUUCGUGACCGUGUGCGUGUUCUCGUGUGUGACGCACGUUGCCUGUGCAACAUUAAUCAGUAAACAUUAAAUCAACUCA